GGUGCUCAGAGUGGUGCAGUAGUAUUUUCAUUCUAGGAGACACCCUCUGAUCAGAAGAAAGUUGUACCUUUUUUCCAUUGUAAAGCUUUUUGACAUCUGAUGCUAUAAGUAAAGAGGCCUUGAAAUAUAUUACAUUAGUCGCUGCCCCGCGCCCCAGCCAGCUAGCGUCUGCCGCGCCUCUCGGCCCAGAUCUCACCAAAAUGCCAUCUCAGAUGGAGCACGCCAUGGAAACCAUGAUGUUCACAUUUCACAGAUUUGCCGGGGAUAAAGGCUACUUAACAAAGGAGGACCUCAGAGUGCUCAUGGAGAAGGAGUUCCCGGGAUUUUUGGAAAAUCAAAAAGACUCUCUGGCCUUAGACAAAAUAACGAAGGACCUGGACCAGUGCCGAGAUGGCAAAGUGGGCUUCCAGAGCUGCUUUUCCCUAAUUGCGGGCCUCACCAUUGCGUGCAACGACUAUUUUGUAGUGCACAUGAAGCAGAAGGGAAAGAAGUCGGCAGCACCGAGCAAUUACUCUGCCCUGAAAAGUGUUCUCUCAAAGGAUUGCUUCAAACAUCUGCCCCACAGCUUCUCCCUAUAGAAGGAUUUCAUGAGCAGAUCAGGAUCCUUAGAAUAUAUACAAAUAAAAUCCAACUCCCAUUUGUCAAGCAGAGAAGAAAAAGUUAAUUAAAUGCCAGAUGAGCUUUUGUUUUUUACAUUGUUUGCAUCCGCUUGCCCUCAAUAAACAUAAUCCUUUUUUUAGUUCC